CCAUUUUUUCGGAGUACAGGAGUUCUUCAUGUUGCCGUUCAAAUUUUAGCGUAAAAUCCAACACUAGAUUGCAAAUAUGGAUCAAUUCGACGUGAUUGCGAAUCAACCAAUUGUCAUAGAUAAUGGAUCUGGUGUUAUAAAAGCGGGCUUUGCUGGAGAUCAAGUACCUAAGUAUCACUUUGGCAAUUUUGUUGGUCGGCCAAAACAUGUCCGUGUUAUGGCUGGGGCCCUUGAAGGGGACAUAUUUAUUGGGCCUAAAGCUGAAGAACACAGAGGACUGCUUAGUAUUAGGUACCCUAUGGAGCAUGGUGUAGUGAAAGACUGGAACGAUAUGGAGAGAAUCUGGCAGUAUAUUUAUUCAAAAGAUCAGUUACAAACGUUUUCAGAAGAGCAUCCAGUCCUAUUAACAGAGGCUCCUUUAAAUCCAAGAAAAAACAGAGAAAAAGCUGCAGAAAUAUUCUUUGAAACUUUUAAUGUACCAGCUCUUUUUAUUUCAAUGCAAGCUGUACUAAGUUUAUAUGCUACAGGUAGAACAACAGGUGUUGUGCUGGACUCUGGCGAUGGUGUAACUCACUCGGUACCUAUCUAUGAAGGUUUUGCUAUGCCACACUCCAUUAUGAGAACUGAUAUUGCAGGAAGAGAUGUUUCAAGAUACUUAAGACUGCUUUUAAGAAAAGAAGGGCACAACUUCCACUCCUCGUCUGAGUUAGAGAUUGUAAGAUGUCUAAAAGAGGAAGCUUGCUAUAUUUCUGUGAAUCCACAAAAAGAGGAAUCAAUGGAGGGAGAAAGAAAACAAUAUGUUCUACCUGAUGGCAGUCAAAUAGAGAUUGGACCAGCUAAGUUCCGAGCUCCUGAGAUUCUCUUCAGGCCAGACCUAAUAGGAGAAGAGAAUGAAGGCAUACAUGAGGUUUUAAGUUUUGCCAUCCAAAGGUCUGACAUGGAUUUAAGAAGAGUUUUGUACUCUAAUAUUGUAUUGUCUGGUGGCUCUACACUAUUUAAAGGAUUUGGUGAUCGUCUUCUAAGUGAAGUCAAAAAGCUGGCUCCCAAGGAUAUUAAAAUAAGGAUAUCUGCUCCUCAAGAAAGAUUGUAUUCCACAUGGAUAGGGGGCUCUAUCCUGGCUUCUCUUGACACAUUUAAGAAGAUGUGGGUAUCUAAGAAAGAGUAUGACGAAGAAGCAGGAAGAGCAAUCCAUAGAAAGACAUUCUAGAUAUUUUUAGUAUUUCAUUAGCUAGUAUAGCAUGCAAAUAAUAUAGUUUGCAGACAAACUGCAGCUUAUAAGUGGGGUGGUUGCAAUUGAACCAUAAGAAAGAACCUGUCAGUACGUUCCAUUAUGGUGACAAAAACGUUUUUAUCAUUAACUUUAGCUUUGAAUAUUCACUUGGAUUUUGUGUAAAAAAACCCUGGAGAACCUUGCUUUGUUUAAUGUACAAAAAGUCCUAAAAAUCCAAAUGAAUAUCAUACAAGUACCUUAAGGUUAUUGUUAGCAUUUUGUACAAGGGCGAAAACAAAAACAACCUACAGAUAAGCGAAAGGACAAAUGUCGAGAAGUCUGGUCAAAGCAUUUUUUAGCUUGAACUGUCGGUUUCAGUAAGGUAUGGCAGACCAAACUAACAUCCUUACUGGACCUUAUCUGUUUACUGGCAACUCUUAUAUUCAGCCCUGUUUAACUCAGUGUUAGUUGCUAUGGUUCACAGCACUCAAUGUUACGAAGUUAUUGUUUUCACACCUUGUUUUUAUUCAUAGAAACUGUUUGACAACAUGCACAGUAUAGUAUUUCAUAUGCUAGUAUGAAUCAUUUCCAUUUUGUUGGACUUUUUGUGAACGAUUCUGUUCUAGCUACAACCAGCUGUGGAUGUCAAGACAGCAUAGAUCAUGUUAUAUUGUAAAUUAUUUCAUGUCAUAACCCUGAAGUAAAGUCACUACAUGAGUCAAAUUAUUUAACAUUAGGCAAUUACAAUACUGGUUGUCUUUGAACUAACAGUGCAGCUUUAGCCUGCAUGCAGGCAAACAAAACUAUUGUCUGAUUGGGCUGUAUUCAGGUUAUGCAGCUUGCAUUGAUGUGCAUUGAUGUCUACUUUCCUAUAAUUUAUACAUGUAUCUAAGUGUUAUGGAGUCUUCCAGUUUAUUUCUCUAGAUGUUCAUCCAGAAUAACAUCCAGAACAACUAGAGUGAAAACAUUAAAAAAAUCUAGUAAUUGUAAGAGAGGAAUAAUUUCUUUUUCUUGGUGGAUAACGUAGAAAACUAAUUAAAAAAUUCAAAGGGUGCAACAUUGACUAGAAGAAUCAUAAUUAUUAUAAUGAAGUCAACAGCCCACUUGCGAUAUACCACCUUAAAGGUCACCUGCAAAAGAAUUGAAGAUGAGGCUCCAGGAAGCAAAAGUAUCAUCAACUAAAUAUUUUCCUCAUCAGUUCUUUGUGUGGAUAUCAACAAAAAUACAUAAAUACUACUAAAUUUAGUCUUUAGAGAAGAAGUUGUGUUAAAAUGUCAGCUUUUACACUACUUGUUAAUAUAAAUGUCUACUUACUAAUAAUUUGGUUAAAGAAAAGGAAAUGUUUUAAAUUAGUAUACUUUGGCACCAAUCGCUUCAGGGAUCAAUUCAAAAAUUGCACAAAAACGGUACAAUUUCAAAGAUAAAGUACAUUCAUUCUGCCUUUGAAAUCUAAACAAUGUAACCAUGUUGUGUUAAAUCUAACAAAAGAUGAAAAUAAAAGCAUAGCAUAUUACAAAUCA